AUGCUAAUGUCAAAUUCUGUUGAAAUCAAGUAUGAAUUACUGUUUAGACUCAGGAAGAAGACCUGGAAGAACCCAGGCACAGUGUUUCUGGAUUAUCACGUCUAUGAGGAGGACAUCAACAUCUCCAGUAACUGGGAGGUGUUCCUAGAAGUCCUUGAAGAACCGGAGCGCAUGAAGUCCAUGUCCCAGUUAGCGGUUCUGACCCGUCGCUGGUGCCCAGCCCAGAUGAACCUGGAGGCCUUCCGGGAGGUGGUGCUGGAGAGCAGCAGCGUAGAGGAGCUCAAGGAGAAGGCUAGCGUUAAGCAGAAAUUGAGCCAUUGA